CAAAAACGUUGCCCUCCUGUGUCAGCAAUUCGGUUGCGCUGGCACUGGUUCCUGCCGGCCGACUUUUUGUCUUUUUCUCCUCAUUACAUUCUUUUUUCCCAGAGAUUUCCUCUCCUCCAUUCUCUUCAGCAGACCUGAGACUCCAAAAACUCGCGUCUUGUUCUUUGUUGAACGUGCUCGUGCCCCGUGCCCGUGCUCGACCCGUUUAUUCCGAGCGUUUGUUUUGAACAGACUUUUUGCAUCACCCCGAGACUCCGACUCCGUUUGCAUCCAAGUCCAUGCGAUUAAGACCCAUCUACCCUUUGCAUCCAUCUUUCGUCGAUUUUAAACUCCCGCCAUAAAAGGUUUCAAAGCCGACACCGACUUCUUCCGCCUGUAUCGAGCCCCGCAACGCCGGUCGCGAUGCGGCGCCCUUCCCUCGACCUGAGCGAGCCCGCUCGAAACCUGGAUGAGUCCAACGGGCUAACUGCUGGCGACACGGCCCAUGCUACUGCAGACCGCGCCCUCUCGCCGCCCGGCGAAGAGAUGGAGCUCGUGGGUGGCGAGGGAGAGGAGGAAAACGCAAGGGUCUACACUCCGCCUCCUCAUAUCACCGCCCGCCUGUUCUACCGCGCUACCAACCAGACCCGCCGCGGAGACAGCGCCGCGUCGUCCCGCCGCAACAGCAUAUCUUCCGCACACUCUCGCUCGUCCCAUGGGCACGGCCGCAAUGGGGGCCCACAGAGCAAGUACAUUGCCCAGCACCUCCGCAGGGCUUCGAUCCUCGAGGAUCGAAAGGCACGGUUGGCCGACCGUGCUGCACACGCCGAGAAGGUGCGCCUGCGGGCUGCCCUUGCCAAAGCCGCUACAAAGAACACCAGCGCAAGCGAGGAGCGGGCUCUGGCCGCUGCCCAAGCACGCGAGCGUAACCUGGCCGAAAUUGCUGCCGCCUGUGCCGAGGAGGUCAGGCGGGCCAAGGCUGUGGCCGAGAGCAUGAAGGAGAAGCGGGAACAGGAGAUUCGCAAGAUGAAGCUGCAGAUGGAGGAACGGCUUGCCGAGGCUGAGAGGAGGCGAGAAGAGCUGCGUAGCCGAAAUGCUGCAAAGGGCAAGGGCAGGGAACGGGGCCAGAGCCUCGGAAUCCGCAAGCCCACCUCAGUUGAGGUCAUGCCUGAGGUCAAGGAGGUUAAGGAGCAGGAACCCAGCCCGCUGACCGAAGAAGAGGCUGCUUCGAGGAUACAAUGGUGGUGGAAAGCCAGGAAGAGGAAGCAGGCUGUUGCCGAGUUUUCGGCUCUGGGCUUGUCCCUGGAUGCUGUUCGAGAGACGUCGUUUGACGAGGUCACCAUGCUUCUCUCUCAAGAGAGCGUGCUGGUACUGACGACACGGAUCCUCCGCAUCUGUGGGCUCAACGAGGGCGCGCCGGGCUCUGUCGAGGAGAUGGCCGCAGUGCGGUCUUUCCUCAGCGCCUUUCUCAUCCUAGGCCAUCCAUCACAGGUUCUCAGCAAUAAGGAUGAAAAGGAUAUCCCCGGAGAUGCAGGGCCGAGCCAGGCGAAACCUAUGCCCAAGGAUAAUCUGGCCAACCCGCAAUCUCAGGAACUGGUUGGCAAAGCUAGGGAUUUGCUGGUUCUGUUCGAGAACAUCCUCGGACGACUGACCGCUUUCAACAACUUCACGCCGCCUCCAGCGCUUCUGUCAGCCUUCCCCGAAGUCUACGCUACCUUUUACAAUGCGUUGAUUGCGUGGAAGGCACGCGACUCCAGUUCUCUUGUGGACCUGAUGGUCAUGCAGUUUGUCGAGCUGGAUGCCAUUUGGGAGUCUGUUAAGGACACGACGGACGGUUCAGUCGACCAGGUCUACAAGGAAAGCAUCCGGAACAACCAGCUGCUGCUGUUAGUGAGGAUCAAAAAGUUAGCUGGCCCAGCCAAGGGUAAACAACUCGUUGCGGAUGCCGUGAAGGCAGCGCGCAAAGCAAGGGUCAAGAAGCCUGUUGGCGACACCAAGCCGCGUGUGGCGGACCACACCGUCACGGAGACGGCAAUGGGGGUCUUGGGGGUGGAAGAGAGCCGUGAGGACCCAUCACAAACGCAGACGCCAACGCCUCCAUCGACGCCCUCGAAGAAGCCUGAGCCAUUUAAGGUCAGCAUCGUGGUGCCUAGCGGGAAGAGUCUGCUGCCGGAUAACAGAAUCGUUGUCCAUGAGCUGGCCAUCAACAAGGAGUUCCGCACCGAGCCCCACGAGUAUCACCAACAGCAAGAACAUCUGCUUGCUCCGCUCUUCCAAGAGAUGCGAUCGACGAUGCAGGAGCACAACCAGGAUGCUCACUUCUUCCUGCUAUUGCAGGUUGCCGACCUUGUCCGAGAGAAGCUGCAGCGCCUCGUCAAACCCGGCAACUCGAUGCAUACCUUCAUUGGAGAACUAUUGGAUACCGAUAUUGCGAGGCGCCAGUUCACCAUGGGCAGCUUCUCUUACGAGAAAUUCUUCCAGGCGAUGGGUUCCCUGCUGCCAAAACUCUGUGCUCCGGUCCGGGAUGACGAGGUCAAAGUGCUGGUCGAAGAGAAGCUAAGCCACGGCAGUUAUGUUGAUCGACUGGAGGCGCUGAACAGUUUCAUCGACGUCAUGCUCAGCGACUACGCCAACUAUCUCCUGCAGCUCGCAGCGCCACGGCUCAUCGAGCAGGCGGCCUCAUACGAGGCCAAAGCCUUCGCUGCCGACGUCGAGUCCGGCAGGUACGAUCUCUCUGCCGCGACCGAGGCUUGGCGUACUGCGCGUCAGAAGGUCUUCGGCGAAACAUCCCGCCGUGACCCAGAGGGUAUCAACCACCCAUCCUCCCGGCCAACGGCAAACCGCAUUUAUGCGCAACUCCUUGUGGAUCUCUUCACGCAACUGUCGCCCAUCGCACGGGACGAAAUCCCCCAGAUGCUCCUCCUCGAUCACAAACGCAUCCUCGAAGCAGGCCACCUCACCCGCCGCAUCAUCACGGUUGGCGCCAUUCUCCUGCAAUGCAAGAACCUUCUCAAGCGCGAUGUCCGCGCCCCGUGGAAGACCGAAGCCCAGCGCAUCCUUGCCGUGCUCGAGAAGGCCGACGACCCGCGCGGCGACAUGACGGCUGACGCUGCCGCCGAGGGCAUCAUGGCUGCUCUUGAGGCGGGGCGGUCCAUGCCCGCCGCAACCAGACAGCACCUUCGCGGGAUGGUCAAUAAGUUCCUGGCUGCGAGCGCCGAAGUAGCAUCUAGUAAAGAGCAGGAUGCGGAGGUAAGGGAGCCCGUCCUGAGGCUGCUGCUGGGUAGGCUGCGCGGGCAUAUCCUUGCGCGAGUGGCCGCGCCCUCGGCAAGCGAGAAAGUUAAGGCGACGAGCACGGCCGGCGAAAAGCUGGCUAGCCUCGGGCUGGCCGAGUUUGUGGACAAGGUGAGGGAUAUGGUGGACAUGAUGGGGCGGGUGUCGACGGUGGAUCGGGACGCGCAUGGGGCGUGGUGGGAUCAAGUUGCGGAGGUGGUUGAGAGGGAGGCCGAAGGGCGUUCGACCUCGGAGUGAAGGGGAGUCAAGGGGAGCAUGGAGGGCUGGUUUCGGGGCUUUUGGGGCUUUUUGGAAGUCAUGCAUACUUUUUACUCAUGGGGCAUUUGUAUCGAUUUACGGUUUCGAUGGGGUUUCCUUAGUCUCGGUUUGGGCAUUUGCUUUCUUCUCUGGCUCUUAUGGGCUGCUGGCUCUGGCUUGUUCUCUACUCGGCGUUGAGUGGGACGGGAUGGUUCGGAGGCGCUUUGUUUGCUCGAAUCCGGUUACUCCGCUGUGCUCUGUUGCUGCCCUGUGAGGAGUAAAAGAAAUAGUUGCAAGAGAGAUAUAAGCUCCCUGCAUAUGCUGUUCCGAAUCUCACCACAGCAAGUUAUAUUAAGACACUCACCUUGAUC